AUGGGCAAGCCGAAAAAGGACCAGGUUGAUUGGAAGAACUCACCUGGAGAUGUAGAGGCACUGGUUAGGUUCUUACACAGCCAGAGAUCACGGGUAGGACAAGGUGGUAAUUUUGAUAGCACUGUGUACAAUAAGGCUGCAAAACACCUUGAAGCUCGUGGUCCUCCAAGCCAUGGAGUGGCCAAGACUGCUGUUUCUAUUAAGAAGUACUACAGCUCUACACUCCGAAAGCUUCACACAGAUAUCCUUGCAGUCCUUCAGAAAACCUAUACUGGAGCUUCAGGAUGGACUUACAGUCAUGAAGGUGGCUUCAAUGUUGUUUCUGCUACUGAGGAUGCUUGGAGGAACUUCGUAUCUGUUCACAAGCAGUUUAAACCUUUCAAAACAAGUGGAUGGCCUCUCUGGGAGCUGAUGCAUGAGAUCGUUCCGACUCAGGCCAGAGGAGUCCAUGUCUUCAAUGCUGCAUCCCAGGAUACAGCACAGGAAACUGGUGAUUCACUAUCCGAGCCGGAGUUAGACCCCU